AUGGCGCCUGCUCCGGCUAGUGCGGAAGUAUCAUAUAAAAAGAAAGAUGGAAUCUUGUCCCUGUCUCGUGACGGACAGUCCGUCUCGUGGACACCAAAGGCAAGCGGCGGUCCAGUGGCCGGGUUUACGCUUCAGGUUGCGAAUCUCAGCCAUCUCCAGCAAACCCCGGUCACUAGCGCGAAAGUAAUGCUUAAGAUUUUUGUAAAGCAACCAGGAACGCCCGGCGCUGGAAACGCUGCCCCCGGGGCGCCAGAACAAUAUGUUUUUACCUUCACGUCUGCAACGAAUGCCCGUGGCGAGGCGGAUACAAUUAAAAAUGUUCUCAAUACGGGCAUUCAAGCGGCGAAAAGUUCACACGCCCCUGUACCGGCGGGACAGUCGGCGGCUAUGGCGAUAGCCAAGGCGGUAAUUUCUACUACGAGCGAGAAGCCGAUUUGGUACGAUGACAAUAAACUGAAGACGGAUGACCAGUUGCAGCUGUCUCUGUUGAGUUCAGACCCGAAUCUAAGACGGGUCUUCGCAGAAUCUCUACGCACAAAGCCAGAAUCUGUCACGAGUGGACAGCUCAGGGAACAGUUCUGGUCUUCUCGGAUACAUCUACUUCGUGCCCAUGCCAUUGAAAAGGCCCAGGCUCGCGGCUCAUAUAAUGUACUUGCUUCACUCAAGCCACGGGUGGAGAAUAGUGUGACCAAGUUAAACAUUAGUAAAGAACAAAUACAACUGAUGUUCAACCAACACCCGUUGGUUAAGCGGGCCUAUGAUGAGAAUGUUCCUAGGUUGACAGAGGAAGAGUUCUGGUCUCGAUUCUUUCAAAGCAGACUCUUUAAAAAGUUGAGAGGCGAGCGAAUCACGGAAUCAGAUGCUACAGACUCGUUACUAGAUAAAUACCUUAGGGUCGACGAGCAUGGGGAGCGACAUCCGGUGGCAAACGUACCGCAUAUUAUCGAUCUCGGAGCGAAUGAAGACAACGCUAAGCGCUAUGGUAAUCGCCCGAAUUUCGACAUGAGACCAUCGCCCCUGGAAAAGGUUCCUAUCAUCCGAACACUGAAUGCUCUGAGUGAGAAGAUCAUGGCCAACGUCGCGCCAAUUGACCGUGAUCCAUCAGCGCCUAUUGGAAUGGAUGAAGAGACUUUUAAUCAACUGCAACUGCGGGAUCUUCGCGGAGACGAAGAGCAGAAUUGGACCAUUUUGAAUAUCAAGGAUCAGAGUAGAUUCUUUGCGGCAACGAAGGACGCGGAAAGCGAGGAGGCCCGCAUCUUUGCCAACCAAGAUCCAGCCGCGAUUUUAAAGUCUCUGCAAGUUGACGUAACCAAAACAUACCCUGAUAGAGGAACUGGCGUACCACUGGGUCAACUUGUUGAGCCCGAAGAAGACGAUAGUGACGAGGACGAAUCACACCCUAAAAAGGAGCCUGUCGGCUCGAAAGCUAGUCUAGCCAGAGCAUCAGCCCAGAUCUUCGAGGCCAUUCGAGAGAGGAGAACACAAGCUGAUUCCGCAUCAGAUUCCAGGACCUGUGGCUUAUCGCAAACAGUUUUUGACAGCCUCACGCUAACCCAUGCCACGACUACAGAGUUUCUGCAUCAAUUCUGGCAAGCCUUUCUCUCUGGAAAUCCAGAUCGCGUUUCCGAGAUCACCUCCUUGGUUGAAUCUCUUAAUCGGGCGAUGGAUCGGAUCAAAGCUGUGGCUAACGAGGCUGAGGUUGAGAGGCAGGCCGAGGUUGAGAAACUCAAGCAGCACGCCAGAGAAGUGAUGGCUGCGACUGGCAGAAAUAUUCGACCGAACCUGAAAGGGGUGGAAGGAGGUCGGAAGGUGGUAAAUCAAUUGAUGGCGCCCACCAUGAAUGCAUUGGGAAAGGCUAUUGCAGAGUAUAAAUACGCUCUUGCACAGCAGACCAAGGAUGCAGCUCUUGUAUAA